CCCAGCGGCAUCCGCACAGGGACUACAUUUCCCGGAAUGCUCAGCGGUAGCGAGAGUCCUUGCGCAUGCGCGCCGCCUGGCCCGAUGGGCUUGAUGGGAGGGCUGCAGCGCACCACGAAUGGAGGACGGGGGCGGGGCGGACCUCGGAGGGAGGGGUGGAGAAGAUAGGUCUACCCCAGCUGAUAAUGUGCCGUGGGCGCUGUGACGCCAAGGCGUGCGCUCUACAGCGCGGGAAUAAGGUCUGUUGAGUUGGUAUCCGGCCUGGAUGCCUGGCUUCCAGGCUCUGCUGUUGUGGCGCUUCACAAUUCAUCCAGCUGAAGGAGGAGACCCGUUGAACUGGCUCUUCUCAGGGCCUCUCUCUGAGUUUUAUUUCAAAGAUUGCACUGUAUUUAUUCACAGAGUAAUUGUGUUUUGGAUUUUGCUACUUGACCUUAUUAAAGAUGAAUGAAAAAAAAUUGGAAACAACUCCACAGCAGCGGAAACUUCCAGAAUGGAUGUCUAUGCAGAAUGAGAGAUGUCAUGUAGAAGAAAGAAAGGCAUCUGUUCAGAGGAGUAUUUUUGAAGAUGUUCUCCCCUUCUUAGAGUUCACUGGAUCCAUUGUUUAUAGUUAUGAAGCUAGUGAUUGUUCUUUUCUGUCAGAAGAUAUUAGCAUGAGUCUGUCUUUUGGAGAUGUGGUAGGAUUUGACAUGGAAUGGCCAUCAGUAUACACUCCAGGGAAGCAGGGCAGAGUUGCACUGAUUCAGUUAUGUGUGUCAGAGAGCAAAUGUUACUUGUUUCAUAUUUCUUCUAUGGCAGUUUUUCCUCAGGGAUUAAAAAUGUUGCUUGAAAAUGAAGCAAUUAAAAAAGCAGGUGUAGGAAUCCAAGGAGAUCAGUGGAAACUUCUAAAGGACUUUGACAUCAAGUUGAAGAGUUUUGUGGAGCUGACAGAUGUUGCUAAUGACAAGCUGAAAUGUAAAGAGACCUGGAGCCUCAAUGGUUUGGUUAAACACCUCUUUGGCAAACAGCUUCUGAAAGACAGGUCUAUCUGCUGUAGCAACUGGAGUAAUUUUCCUCUUACUGAAGAUCAGAAACUGUAUGCAGCCACUGAUGCGUAUGCUGGUCUCAUCAUUUAUCGAAAAUUAGAGAAUUUAAGUGAUGCUGUGCAAAUGUUUGCUAUAAAAAAAGAGGAAGAAAUGCUAUCUAGUGAUGUGAAGAAACAACUGAUUUCAGUAUCUGAGGAUAUGAUGGAUCUGGCUAAGCGUCUUCCUGACACUUUGAAAAAAUUGGAAGAUCCACAGAGGAUUUCUACACUAUUAAAUGAUAUUUCAGAAAAUCUGUAUUCAUGGAGGAAGACGAUAUUUGGUUCAGCUGAGACUGAACUGAGGCCCAGUGCUAAUUUUCACUUAUCACCAUUGGAAAAUCCAACUGCUGAUGGAGUACAACAGAAACAAAUUAGAGAACAUGAAAGUUUUACUAAAGUUAAAGAUGAGACGUGGGACACAACACUUGAUAUAAUUAAACAUGAUGAGGAAAAUGUACUUGGAAAUGAAGUAAAACAAAGAGAAGAUGGGCUUGAAGAUGUAUUAGAAGAAGACAAUAAGUUGAGAGAGAACACAGAAAGAAUUUGUUUGCACUCAUUAGAUAUUACAGAAUAUGAACUACAGAUUUUGGAGCAGCAGGCUCAGGAAAAACUUGUUAGUGAUGUUACUUGCAAAUCUCCUGAGGAUUUAUUUUCCAAGGAUAAUGAAGAGGAUCUAUCUUAUAUAAUUGAAAGUGAUGAAGAUUUAGAACUAGAGAUGAUUAAGUCUUUAGAAAAUCUAAAUAGUGGCACGGCAGAUUCAAUUCAUUCAAAAGGCAUAAAAAUGGACAGAAAUCUGGAUGUUCCUUUUGAAGAUGAUGAAGAUGAGUUUGAAACUAUUAAAGAAGAAGGAGAUGAUGAAGACCAUUCAUUACCAGGACCUAAUGAAAUGCAAAUUAAUUUCCUCAAGAAGUACUUUGGCCAUUCAAGUUUUAAACCGGUUCAGUGGAAGGUGAUUCAUUCUGUACUGGAAGAAAGAAGAGAUAAUGUUGUUGUGAUGGCAACUGGAUAUGGAAAGAGUUUGUGCUUCCAGUUCCCACCUGUGUAUGUAGGCAAGAUUGGCCUUGUCAUCUCUCCUCUUAUUUCUUUGAUGGAAGACCAAGUGCUCCAGCUUCAAAUGUCCAACAUUCCAGCUUGUUUUCUGGGAUCAGCACAGUCAAAAAAUGUUCUAGAGGAUAUUAAAUUAGGCAAAUAUCAAAUUGUGUAUGUAACUCCAGAAUUCUGUUCAGGUAACUUGAGCCUACUCCAGCAACUUGAGGCUAAUAUUGGUAUUACACUUAUUGCUGUGGAUGAGGCUCACUGUAUUUCUGAAUGGGGACAUGAUUUCAGGAAUUCAUUCAGGACUUUGGGCUCCCUAAAGAAAGCACUCCCCACGGUUCCAAUUGUCGCAGUCACUGCUACUGCAAGUUCUUCAAUCCGGGAAGACAUUAUACAUUGCUUAAAACUGAAGAAUCCUCAGAUUACCUGUACUGGUUUUGAUCGACCAAACUUGUAUUUGGAAGUUGGACGAAAAUCAGGAAACAUCCUUCAGGAUCUAAAGCAAUUUCUUGUCCAAAAGACAAGUUCCACCUGGGAAUUUGAAGGUUCAACUAUCAUCUAUUGUCCUUCCAGAAAAAUGACAGAAGAAGUUACAGCUGAACUUAGGAAGGUGAAGUUAGCCUGCGGAACAUACCAUGCAGGCAUGUGUGUUACCGCAAGGAGAGAGGUUCAUCACAGGUUCAUGAGAGAUGAAAUUCAGUGUGUCGUGGCUACCAUAGCUUUUGGCAUGGGCAUUAAUAAAGCUGACAUUCGCAAGGUCAUUCAUUAUGGCGCUCCUAAGGAAAUGGAAUCCUAUUACCAGGAGAUUGGGAGAGCCGGCCGUGAUGGACUUCAGAGUUCUUGUCAUGUACUCUGGGCUCCAGUAGACAUUCAGUCAAAUAGGAACCUCCUUAGUCAGAUACCCAGUGAAAAGUUUCGAUUAUAUAAACUAAAUAUGGUGGCAAAGAUGGAAAACUAUCUUCUUUCCAGAAGAUGUAGGCGACAAAUCAUCUUGUCUCAUUUUGAAGACAAACAACUACGAAAGGCCUCUGUGGGUAUUAUGGAAACUGAAAAAUGCUGUGAUAAUUGCAGGUCCAGAUUGGAUCGUUGCUUUUCCAUUGAUGACUCAGAUGAUACCCCACAGGACUUUGGUCCACAGGCAUUCCAGCUAUUAUCUGCUGUGAACAUCUUAGGAGAAAAGUUUGGAAUUGGGCUUCCGAUUUUAUUUCUCCGAGGAUCUAAUUCCCAGCGUCUUGCAGAUCAAUAUCGCAAACAUGAUUUAUUUGGCAAUGGCAAGGAUCACACAGAGAAUUGGUGGAAGGCUUUGUCCCGUCAGCUCAUGACUGAGGGAUUCUUGAUGGAAAUUCCUGGGUCUUCCAAAUUUAUAAGGAUUUGCACUCUUACGAAAAAGGGUAGAGACUGGCUUGAUAAAGCCAAAACAGAAUUUCCUAAGAAACUUAUCCUUCAAGCUAAUGAAGAAUUGUGUCUAACAGAGUUUCCUCAACCAAGUUCUAAAACCGUAUCACUUGGCACGCAACAGUGUUCCUAUACUCAAGAACCAACUGAAUUAACUGCAGAGAAGCAGUCUAACUUGGAGAAGAUGUAUUCUUACAAAGCAUCUGAUAAAAUUUCUUCUGGCAGUAACAUUCCCAAAAGAAGCAUCAUGGUACAUUCACCAGGAAAAUCUUACAAGUCCUCAGAACCUGUUAUUUCAGCUGAAGAGCAGAAGACUCAGACUAUGCUGUAUAGCAAACUGGUGGAAGCAAGGCAGGAACAUGCCAAUCAAAAGGGUGUUCCUCCCGCUAUUCUGGCAACAAAUAAGAUACUGCUGGAUAUGGCCAAAAUAAGACCUACUACAGUUGAAAAUGUGAAAAGGAUCGAUGGUGUUUCUGAAGGCAAAGCUCUUAUGUUGGCCCCUCUGUUGGAAGUUAUCAAACAUUUCUGUCAAAAAAAUAGCAUUCAGACAGACGUCUUUCCAAAUACAAAACUUCAGGAAAAACAAGGGAACAGUCUGGUGCCGAAAAAUGGAGCAUGCUCCCUUUCGCAGUCUGUGGCCAUCACGUAUUCUUUAUUCCAAGAAAAGAAGAUGUCUUUGAUGAGGAUAGCUGAGAAUAGGAUUCUGCCUCUCACAGCAGUUGGCAUGCACUUAUCCCAGGCGGUGAGAGCUGGCUGCCCACUUGAUACGGAGCGAGCAGGCCUGACUCCAGAGGUUCAGAAGAUUAUUGCUGAUGUUAUCCGAAACCCUCCCAUCAACUCAGAUAUAAAUAAAAUCAAACUUAUUAGAGCAUUGGUUCCUAAAAACAUUGACACAUACCUUAUCCAUAUGGCAAUUGAGAUCCUGGAAAAAGAUGGUGACAACAGACGGUUAGACCAGCUUUCCUGUGAUUCCACCAGAAAGAGAUGUUUCCCCAACUCUGAAGAGAGCUGUUCAAGUUCUAAGAGAAGCAAGGAAGAAAUUUCACUUGUAACCUCAAUGAGAAAAUUACCCGAGUGGUUUGCCAAAGAAAAUGAGACUUCAGCUGAGACCAGCAAGCAAUCAAUGGCCAAAACAAAAAAGAGAGGUCUUUUUAGUUAAAUUGGUGAUUGCCAGAGGAAUUAUGUGUGUCUUGCUGUAUUAUAAGAGGGGAUCUUGUUUCAUUUCUGAAAAUAGCGGGGGCCAACAUUUCAGUUUAAAAAUUAUUCUAAUCUCUAAAGUAAAACUCACCUAUUUGUUGAACAGCUGGCAUCUCCUUGUACAGUUACUUGAGUCUUCUGAGAGCCUGACUGAGUACAUCAUAGAAUAGAGUAAUAGUUUCCUUUAAGAUUGCUUUAAGAAACUCUGUUACUGCUCAGUUUUCUAAUCUCUUUAUUUCAACAGUAUAUUUGGAAAUUUUAAGGAGUGGUGAUUUGAUAUAAAUAACAGAUUGGUAGUUGUGUGGUGAUUAUGUAUGUGAUAUAAAUUCUUCAUAUAUUACCAAAAUUCAUUCUUGUGAAUUAAGGAAGCAUAGUUAUUUUACAAUUGUCCUUGCUAUCUUUAGAAGAAACUCUUACAUACAUUGAUAAAUGGUAUUAAUAAACCAGACCAGUGAAAAUGAAGCAUUUUGGAUUCCAUGUAAGUAGGGAAAAAUAAUAUUACAAAGGAGACCAAUUGCAUUGGGCAUCUGUGCCCUUUGAUUUUAUAUACUACUUUUUUUAUUUUUCAAAUAAUAAAUUCCUUCAUACUGAAUGUUACAAAGAUAGAUAUAUGUAUAUAUAUAUAUAUAUAUAUUUUUUUUUUUUUUUAACUUUUAUUUGCUUAAUUACUUUGAGCACCUUUAGUUUUUGAGGAUGUUGGAUUUGAUUCUAAUACCUCUUUAUGUAGUAUGUGCAACUUUAGUAUCAAAACCCAUACUCUGGCACUGGGUUUUAUAAACCAUAGUUAAUAUAACUUUAACCAGUUCACCAUAUGGCCUUUAACUGACUUUUCUGUGACUAAAGAUAAUUGUUGUUAAUAAAGAAGGAAUAUUGCAGAAGAAGUAGAAAAUCCAGAGAAAUGAAAAAAAAAAAAAAAAAAAAAUCGCCGGUGGUUUUACCAUUAGGUAAUCAGUUGACCCCUUUUGUGUAUCCUGCUAAACCUCUUUAUAUUCACUUUAUUUCUUUGUUACAUGAAUAAUACAUGAAUGUAUUUACUUUGUAAACACUUAAGUGAAAACACAAAAGUCCUCUGUAAUCCCAUUUCUCACCAUGUCAGUACCAGCCCCUUUCCAGAAGGUAGACCCUAUUAAAUGUGACCUAUAGCUCUCUAAUCAUUCUUCAUUCAUUUACAUGCUUUACAUAUACAUCUACACCCACAUUCUUGCUUUUCAACAUGAAUCAGAGUCCACUACGUGCAAUUUCCUGCAAUAAACUCUUUUCACUUAAUAUGUUAUGAAGAACUUUCCAUUUGAGUAUAUAUAUUGGUCUGUCUCAUUUUUUUAUAGCUACAUACCAUUAUAUCUGAUGAAUAUACUAUAAAGUUAUAUAAUCACUUCUCUCGGUGAUUUUUGUCAUUUUUCUAAAUUUCAGAUUAUGUCUAGAAGUAGAAUUAGUCAAAUUUAUAUUUCACUUGAAAUGCUCUGAACAUUUUUUUUUCUCAUGUCAUUAAGUUGUUUUCCACAGAUCCUUUUCUUGUGGCUUUCUAUAGUACAGGGAUUCUGAAAGUGUGUGGUCUGCAGACUUGUAGGAAUCUUUGAGCCCCUUUCAGGGGACCUGCAAAGACAAAACUAUCUUCAUCAUCUCAAGACGUUAUCUGCCUUUUGUCCUCUGUUGCGAUAUGUGUUGAGUCGUGAGUAAAACCACUGGUGCUUCAGUGCAGAUCACGGCAGUGACACCAAAUUAUUGAUUUUAUUAAUUCUCAGUCGUUAACACACUUUGCUCUGUACCAAUGUGUGAUGGUGCCCUCCAGAAAAAGCACUUGUUUGAUUGUUUGAAUUGUGAAUUGAAUUAGUUCUUUUUUUCCAUGGAAUACCAUUUUUACUGAAAAGAAUGACAAAACUGUGAUUGGCUAUUCAGACUUGGGUGUUUGGUGAACAUUUUCUCAAAACUGAAUGAAGCCACCCUAUCACUUCAAGGAAAACUAUGGUUAUUUGUUGCCAGUGAUAAAAUUUGAGAUUUCUGGCGGAAUUCAUAGUUUUGGAAAACUUAUGUCUGCUACCAGGAGUUUGAAAGCUUCCCAUAAUAUAAAGACUUUUCUAAUGAGAUGUUAAUCCUGUGAUUAAUACAUUUUUUGUUAUCGUACAAUGGUUUUUGUCAACAUUUAGAAGAUCUGCAUAACUCAGUGAAUUAAUAUUUUCUGGAUGACUAAUAUAUGAUCUUAUAAAAUCAUGCAUGGGGGGUAAAUGAUUCAUUCAAACCACACAAUGGCCCAGUGGAUUUUAAUGUAGCAGAGUAGGAAAACGUUCAUUUAUACUUUCAGAUAUAAAUGUUUCAGAUUACACACUGCACCCAAUCUUUAAGAAACUACAGGUGUCCGGGACACCUGAGUGGCUCAGUCAGUUAAGCGACUGACUUUGGCUCAGGUCAUGAUCUCAACGGUUCAUGAGUUCGAGCCCCGCGUCAGGCUCUGUGCUGACAGCUCAGAGUCUAGAGCCCACUUCAGAUCCUGUGUUUCCCUCUGUCUGCCCCUCCCCCUCUUACACUCUGUCUCUCACUCUGUCUCAAAAAUAAACAUUAAAAAAAAUUUUUUUUUAAUAAAAACUACAGGUGUCCAGCUUUGGUAUAGUUCCAAAGAAGCGUGUCUAUAAUUAUCUCGAAAAGCUAUUAAAAUACUCCUCCCCUUUUGCAACUACUUGCCUGUUUAAUGUCAUACUUUUCUUCAGAAACAUCAACCAAAAGAAUGCAUUUUGAAACAGACUGAGUAUAGAAGCAAAUCUGAGAAUCCAGACACCUCUGUUAAGCCAGACAAUGCCAUUCUUCUCACUAUUUUGUGGGGGAUAUUUUUUAAAGAUGUAUUUAUGUUACCAUGUGAUGGAUUUACUGCUGCUUUUUUAAAAUUAAUAAACAUUUCUUUAAAAUUU